GCCAAGCUAACGAUCGUUAGCCGGAUUCAAAGCAGAACCUCAUUGAAAUAAGAGAUUGUUGUUGGGUGAUAUUUUAUAAAUAACACAUUGGUCCGCGAUGUUUUUAUUGUGAAGGCGCUGGUCGGAAGUCGUGUUGGUCCGCCUGCAGGCUUCACUGAGUGGGAAGCAGAUUAAUGGUCGCCGGUCGUGUUGUUCUCCGCUCUGGUUCCGCGGGUUUGACAUUCAGGGCUGAAUGGAAGCGGGCGAGCUGAGCACCAGACCCGAUCCGGGCGAGUCCAGCCCGGGUCAGGACACCAGAGACAGCAGCACCCAGACUGACAGCAGGGUGCAAGGCCAUUGCCCCAGGUUAUCGAAGGUCAAUCUCUUUACCUUACUGAGUCUGUGGAUGGAGCUGCUCCCUCAGGAGCCACAUGAAGACGAGGACAGUCAGAUCCGUGGGAUGGGUUUGGUGGUGGUUCAGGACAGCAAGGUGCUCGGACUCCACUGUUCGGGCGCUGAGCUCCACGCGGGACAGGCAGCCAUCAUCCAGCAUGGCGCCCGCUUGGCUGACUGUCAGUUGUACUUCUCCAGGAGACCCUGUGCCACGUGCCUCAAGAUGAUCAUCAACGCUGGAGUCAGUCAGAUCUCCUUCUGGCCUGGAGACCCUGAGGUCAGCAUGCUUAGCUCCACCUCCACAAACCAUUCAGACGGCCCCUCCCACAGUCUGCCGGGCUGCGUCACGGAGGAUGCCGCGCUGGACGCCAUCGCAUCAGAGAAGCUGAAGUCCAACAGCCGUCCGCACAUCUGCGUCCUGCUGCAGCCGCUGGCGUCGGGCGUGGCUCAGUUCCUUAAUGAGACGUCCAGAGAGUGCGACUUCAUGGAGAAAGUGUCUGAGGAUGAACCAGAGCUGAACACAGAGGAACUCUUCAACAGAGAACGGACAAGACACCUGAAGGAUUUCUCCAGACACUUCCUGGUCGCGACGCCCCGGCAGCACCGGGAUGUCUUGAAGCAAAUGGGUCUGGAGAACUUCUGCAUGGAGCCAUACUUCUCCAACCUGAGACACAACAUGAUGGAGCUGGUGGAGGUUCUGGCUGCAGUGGCUGCUGGGGUGCCGCUGCGACACCACGGAUUCCACAGGGAAGAGUGUUCGACCCCCGAGCAGUCGCUGCCUCCUCAUCAUGAGGGCGUGUCCCAAGAAGUGGCUCGUCACUGCAUCAUCCAAGCCAGAUUGUUGGCCUAUAGAACAGAAGAUCCUAAAGUGGGCGUGGGCGCUGUUAUCUGGGCCAGACGACCCUUGGCUGGCUGCAAUGGACUGGGACGUCUGUACCUGGUGGGUUGUGGGUACAAUGCCUAUCCGGCAGGCUCAAAGUACGCUGAGUACCCGCAGAUGGACACCAAACAGGAGGACAGACAAAGACGCAAAUACAGAUACAUCGUCCACGCGGAGCAGAACGCCCUCACCUUCAGGACUCGGGACAUCAGACCUGGGGAGGCCACCAUGCUGUUUGUCACCAAGUGUCCAUGUGACGAGUGCGUCCCUCUGAUCAGAGGAGCCGGCAUCACACACAUCUACACCACUGACCAGGACAGGGACAAAGACAAAGGAGACAUUUCCUACCUGAGGUUCAGCAGCCUGAAGGACGUCAGCAAGUUCACAUGGCAGAGGAGCCCGUCACUUUGCUCAGCGUCCUCUCGUCACAUUGCCAACGGUUGUGUUGGGAAGCAAAGCAGGCAGACGGAGGGGGAGGGCCACAGCAACAAGAAGCUGUGCAUCAACAGACCGCACAACUCGCCGUCUGUCAGCUGAGCAUCACCUCCGGACACGUGGACGGACGGAUGAACCGACCAGAAAGCCACAGAAUCCUGUUUUUAGCUCAUGUGCCACGGAUCAGAACAUGACAUAGAGACAAGAAGAAGCUGCUGUGCUUAGGACACAAUGGCCUCAAUGGGAAAUUGUUACAACAGAGGGAUGGAUGGAUGAAAGAGGAGAAGGGGGUGAGGUUUUAAAAUGCAUGGGAUGAGGGAUGGAAAUAUGGGGACGACAAACAAACACAUAUUUUCAGAAUGGUUAUAUAAUACAACGUGUGUGUGUGUGUGUGUGUGUGUGUGUGUGUGUGUGUGGGUGUGUGGGUGUGUGUGAGAGAGACUCCUGUUGAAGAGGAAUGAGGAAUGUUAAUUGAUUUCUUUGAUUUAAUGUUUUGAUUCAGUUUCUGCUCCGUUUACCUUUUCUUCUUUUGAUACAUUUCUAUAACUUAAAUUAUGUCAGAAAAUCUGAAAUAAGACAGUAUAGAGUGUCUCUCUGGUAAAAAAGUAACUACAGACAUUUAAGGAAAUAAACAUUUAACUCUUAGAGUUAAAAGAGCACAAACACAAUCUGCAUUCCCAUCCUUUUAUUUGCUGAAUGUGGUACAGUAGCAUGUGUGGAAAAAAAAGUGGCUGCUUUCAGAGGACAGAUAACGUGACAAUUUGCUUGACCGUGCUUUUUUAUUGUUUUAGCUGUAAAACUGGAAAAAAAACGAAGAGUUUAAGCCUGGUGUACAGCUGGUUGCUCUACGCAUUAUAUUCAAUGUCAUAUAAAUACUGUCACAACUUUUAAACAUCCAAAAAUAGCUGGUAUUGUAUUUAUUUUUCACCCAAAACAAAGAACAAGGAUUUUUUUUUUUAUGCCAAAUGGGAAAAAAGAAAAAUGGCACUUUACAAGUUCCUGAUUGUUAGUCACCCUACACCUCUACUGCCUUUAUUUCAGUUUGAAAUUUACUAAUAAACGUCCUAAUUAAAAGACAUAUUUAUUUAUUCUUCAUGAUAAUGCACAUCAAAUAUUGAUUAGGAAAUAAAUUCGAAAUUUUACUUUACUUUUUUAGAAAAUAAAAAAAUGCACAGUAGCGUUUUAAUCCUUGCUAAUUUAGCUUCUUUUUUUUUUCUCCUUGAACAAUAUGUGGAUUUUUCACAGUUACAGAUCGACUCUGCAGCAAAAGAUUUGCAGCUCAAACUUCACACAUGUGGGCAAAACUUAAAAAGUGACUCCGCUCACUAUGGCAACAGAUCAGCUGUGAAUAAACAUGAUUCUUGGACAGCGUAACUCAAACGUAGUGAGUUAAGAGGUUCACUGCUUAAUCGCAACAAAUAUGUUCAACCCAGAGCAUAUUUUCCUUCACAUGAUUAAGCUCCCCCUGGAGAGAUACAGGGAAAAAAAAAGAAACAUAAAUAGAAGGGAAACACACCAAAACAAAAAGGCACCUCUGAAUCUUCUCGCCCGUUUCAACUUAAACACCAACAUCUGAUCCGAGAACACAAAGAAAACUAAAAUCUUUACAGCUCCUCUCCUCCACACAGCAAAGUGCCUCCUCCGUGUUCACGCCCACAGUGACACUUGUGCAAACAAUUGACUGUACAUGACAAGAAACUAAACUAUAUAUUUAUAUUUAUA